UAGCCGUUUAACUCUCUUUGUGUGCGUUUUCUACUUUACACAAUCUGACCGUUGGGGGUGUUCACUAUACUUCAUGUAACAUACUCUUUCUUCUUGUUGUCGCACUUACCCCACACACACACAACACACACACACACAAACAAUGGUCGCAAGAUCCCCACCUAAGCCGAAGAAGAAGAUUGUGGCUCCACUUGAUCCGAUUCAACUCAGAGACACACUCAACAAGGUGGAGAAAUGUAUGGAUAGACUGCAAGAGCUUCAGUACAUCACCGGUGGGACGAAGGUGAUAUCCGGUGUGAAUCUCAGCCCUCGUAGUUCCAGAGGCUACUUAAGAACAAGCCUCAGGUGUAAACAGGAAUCACUCAGAAUCAGAAAUGCAAAUGGUCAAAAAUCGCCACCUGGAAGAUUACCCACACAAAUAGGGGAAUGGAAGAGGAUGUCACUACCAGCGAUGAUUUUGGGCGAAACCGUGGGGGAGAUACUCCAAGCAAGUCAGUUUGCUAGAGAAAUCGUGACGGCUGUUGAAACGAAAGCCAAAAAGAUCACCACCGGCGCCGGCGGCGAUCCGAAAACUCCGGUGACUCAUUCCAGACGGAAUUCGAGGUUAAACCCAGAAACCACCGAGCUCCGGUCACGGAGAAAGAGAGAGAAACGGAUAAUUCGAUCAGAUCUACAUUCUCCUUUACUUGAAAGAGCAAAAUCACGGAUUAAUUUCAAAGUCUCCGGUUCACCACCCAAAAAAGAAAUUGAGACUGAAAAGGGUCGUUUUCCGGCGAAUAGGGUGUCUCCGAAGAACAAACCUUGGGCUAGAAAAACCGUGAUCUUCCCGAACCCCCUUUUCCAUUCAACACCUGCUUCACAAAACCAACAAUUUUGCAGAACAAGGUCGCCGGUGAUUACAAGAACCCGUCAGACCACGCCUCACAAGUUUCUAAUCAAGACGCCGCCGCCUCCUGCUGCUGUGGCUAAGUUUCAAGUAAAAAUUCGCAGUCCACCACUUUCUGUAUCUCCGACCAGACCCAAAACGGCCAGCGCGAAGAAGAAGGCGAUGUCACCGCCAAAGAACGUGUCCACGUCAGCAAAGCUACGGAGGUCAUUUUCGCCGUCGAGAUUGGCUACUAGAUUGGCUUCGCCAUUGAAGAUUAGGAACCCAGCGAUUUGCGUAUCUCCGACAAGAUCUGGGAUGGCUUCCGUGAAGAAGUCGAUCUCACCGCCCAGGACGGUCACCGGAAAGAAGAAGUUGGCGUCACCGCCAAGGACGGCCUCCGUGAAGAAGUCGAUUUCACCGCCUAAGAAAGUGUCGACGGCGGCAAAGCUGCGGAGGUCGUUUUCACCGUCGAGAUUGGCGAGUAGAUUGGUUUCACCAUUGAAGAGUAGGAAAUCAUCUGUACAGAAGAGCGUGGAUAGUAGCGAGAUGAUGAUGAACAUGAUGAGUGGAUUGAAACAGAGGCCACUGUCAACAACUACACCGAUGCAUUUGUCAGCUCGGAGAAUUUAAGAUUUCAUUCUUUUAUAUGAUAUUUCCUUAAUGUCAAUAUGAUUUCUGUUUGGUGUUCACAUUUUUAUAAUCAUAAAAUAACAAUAACUUGCAAUUUGUUCCCAUAAUUUAUGACUCUUUAUUGAUUCAGGAAUCAGUCACAAAAGUACAAAAAUCGAUUAUAUUUUUAUAUAUAUGCCGCAUCAAAACGACAAAAUUCUCUUAAGGGUUUCUAAUGGAUCUUCUUCCACCAAAUCAAUCUCCACAUUGCUAUACUCCCGCCAUUUACAAGCUACUUCUUCAUUACACACCACACGUACAUGAGACAGCUCCCCCACAGAUUCUGGUAGCUCAUGUACUCCGCUGCAACCUUUCAUAUAAAUCUUCCUUAAACAACCCAAUUUCCCCAUUUUUUCUGGCAACCCAC